AUGUGCUGUCUACCUCGUGCACCAAACAUUUCAGAUGUCUAUUUGAUCGAAACAAUCGAAAGCGUAGCCCCUCCUCCAGACGAGACUGAAUCACAUUCUCUUGGCCCUUCUGGAGGCAAAACGCCACCAUCGGAACAACCCAGUGAAAUCCCAGAGAAUGCCCUACAGUACAUCACAGUCAAACAACGUGUUCGACCGUCUUCGAAACCGCGACGCCUUAUCUAUACACUGCUGAAAACAACCCCUCUGGUCUGUUCUUCUUCACACGUUUGCCAACCAACUAAAGCCCCGGUGGUUUGGAAACACGAUAUUUUAUUUGUAUUCUCAGACUUCCUGACUUGUGAGUAUACGGAGAGCUCUCGAAAAGCUUCCGUGGGGAUGCCCACUCUCCCCAUUCAUUUCUGA